UCCAAGCAACUAGAUGUGAAGCUGGAGAAGUUUUUCACCAAGGUGAGAAAGAAGGACGAUUUGGACUAUGAGCCAGACAGUUUGCAGGUAAUACUAGAGUCACUUGCAAGCAAGUAACAGUGUUUCUGUUACUAAGGACGGAGAAUUUGCUAACAGCAACAAAGUACAUAAAGGGAAAGCUCCCUUCCAUCAUGAGGGCUGCAACAAACAUCCCCAUGCAUCACUGGCACUAACCAAUGAAGGUGAAGAAAUGUUGUGGUCCAAAGGGCUCCUUAGAGGGCCAGUUAUGGAAUUCUCUGAUAGCAACUAUGUGGUUUCUUUUGAUGCAGCAUUUUGA